GCACUUGGCUAGACGUUGUGCUCGGAAGCGGAAUAUCCCUGUUGGCUUUUUUCAUCAUAAACAAAGCAAAAUGGUUUUAUUUUGUUCAGUGGAAUAUCGUUUCAUGUAGCCAAACAGCCUCGUUUUCACUUUAUAUCCUCUGUUUGUGCUAGAAUACGUUAUUGUCGUUUGUGUUAGCUGACUAGCUAAUAAGCCAGCUAACAGCUAAGGUUGUUUUGAUUAUUAAUGUGAACACCAACGUUGCAUCUACGGUGUCUGGACUCGGUUGUCCAGAGCUAAUACAAACCGCCGAAAGAUCUUUUCCGUAUAAUCCAGUGGAAUGACGAAAUUAUUUUUUGUCUCCGAAGUAAAGGAUACAGUUGAUGUAAAUCGUGAGAUUUACACCAGCUAGCUGGUAACCUAACGUUAACGUCAAACGGCAGUCGCCAAGCUUUCGCUAUCUCUGCUGGGGACCCUCUGGUUCGUCCCUUACCCCGAACAGUGGACUUCUGGCGAGCUGAAAAAGCUCUCUGUGAAUCGGAUCCAAUGCGUGGGAUGAUGGGGACCCAGAGUAGUCCUGUAAAGAGUUACGAUUAUCUCCUAAAAUUUCUUUUGGUGGGAGACAGCGAUGUCGGGAAGGGAGAAAUAUUGGAAAGUUUGCAAGAUGGCUCAGUAGAGUCUCCUUACGCCUACAGCAGUGGGAUUGAUUAUAAAACCACCACGAUUCUGCUGGAUGGGAGAAGAGUGAAAUUAGAGUUAUGGGACACAUCAGGGCAAGGUAGAUUCUGCACCAUCUUCAGGUCUUACUCUCGUGGAGCACAGGGCAUCCUGCUCGUGUAUGACAUCACUAACGGCUGGUCAUUUGAUGGCAUUGACCGUUGGAUUCGGGAAAUUGACGAGCAUGCCCCAGGUGUACCCAGAAUACUGGUGGGAAACCGACUUCACCUGGCUUUCAAGCGGCAGGUACCAACCGAACAGGCAAGGGCUUAUGCAGAGAAGAACAGCAUGACUUUCUUCGAGGUCAGUCCGCUCUGCAACUUCAACGUCAUUGAAUCCUUCACAGAGCUUUCACGCAUCGUGCUGAUGAGACACGGGAUGGAGAAAUUUUGGCGGCCCAACAGAGUCUUCAGCCUCCAAGAUCUGUGCUGCCGUUCGAUAGUGUCCUGCACACCGGUGCACCUCAUUGACAAACUGCCCCUCCCUGUCGCCAUCAAGUCCCACCUCAAGUCUUUCUCUAUGGCCAAUGGUAUGAAUGCAGUCAUGAUGCAUGGACGCUCCUACUCGGUGGCCAACAGUGCAGCCUCGGGUGGCAGCGGCGGUGGAAGCAAAGCCAACAGUCUCAAACGCUCAAAGUCCUUCAGGCCUCCACAGAGUCCUCCAAAGAACUCGUCGUCUUCCUCAAAGGGGAACUGUAAGAUUUCAUAGUGAAGAAGCGGACUAAUGGUUGCCUCCAUAGGACCAAUAUUAAAGGUGUUGUUGCUCCGAGAGGUCACGAGGCCAGAGAGGAGCAUGGAGAGCUGCCAGCUAUCUUCAUCAGAAACGGAUAUAGCUGCAAACUCACAUUAACCUAUGGGAACUGACAUGGAUGGCUGGGUUGUUUUCUGUUUUCUUUGCGCUUGCCGGUGCCAUCUUGUGGAUGUCCAUUUACUUGUACUCUUUACUACAGAAGCUCACUGUGAUCAAGUAGAACAAGAUUUCCCUGGGACCAACAGAUGUGAAUUUAAGGAUUAUCACUCACCUGUUAACACUACAAAUGAGUGGAGAGACAUUAGCUAGCUUUUAUGUGGAUCAGGAUUGUUUAUUGGUAUUUAAAGUUGACUUGAAGUUGUAAAUAUCCUGUAUGUGCUGUCGUUUUGGUCUGUGUGUAGUGAUUGUUCUUGGGGAGGAGCUUCUUGCGCUUGUUUUGUCUUGAAUGUUUUGGGAGCUUUGAUGCUUUGAUGUACAACUUAUUUGUGUGUCUUAUGCCCUUUGCCUACAGUAGAAAAUUCCCUUUACAGCCUCAAGAAUACUGAGCUACUUAUUUAAAACUCAGAUUAGUUCAGUUUUACAUAAGACCAGCUUAAAUUGAAUGUCAUGAGCUUGUGGGGCUACUUUCCCAGGUACAAUAGUUCUAGACUUAAGAAAAAUUCAGAUGAGUACUUCUGACAACACUGAUAAACACUCUUUAGUCUAGCACUACUUAUUCUGUGAAACUGUCCGGCAAAGACAAGCCAAGUUGUCUUGUUUGCAAGACUUUUUGUGGUGCCCCUGAAUUUUUAGCCCAAAUGAAUUCACCCUCCAUCUCCAUCAGUCAUUGGUUCAGACAUCUAUUGACUGUCUCAGGCCAUUUAUGCAGCUAAAUCUAAUGGUCCUAGUUGUAUUAUUGCCUUAAAUGGUUUAAACCAUCAACAGCAUGAUCAAUAUGAAUCUGUUAACGCCUGGGGCAAUUAAAAGAUUGCUCGGUGCUGAUGAGGAAACCUUGUACAAACUCAGAUGUACAGCUUGUUUGCUCAAUUACGGCGUUUUGCCUUCAGAACCUUCUGCAGUGAUGUCUUGGACUGUGUAAACUCACAGGACACUGGUGUGAGGAACAUUUUAAUUGGAUUGAUUUUUGGAUAUUUUAUGUAUAUGCUAUGUAUUUAUGAAUGUAAAACAAUAUUCAUCUGCUACCUUUCAGUGGCCCUGUGGUAAUAUGUGGGACUGUAAGAAUCAGAGGUGGAAAGUCACUGAGUACUGUAUCUGCUACUGUCAUAUUUUUAUUGAACAUUGCUGCUUGUCUGAGUAUUUGUACUUUUGCUACUUACAGUCUUACUUAAGUCUUAUUUCCCAACCUUCUUCAAAUGUGUGUAAAAUAAUAAUAAAUGGGGUUAUAAUGAUUGUUUACAGUACUUAUUUUUCUGGACACAAUGCAAGAGCCAUGUAAUGUUAUAGGAACUUAAAGACACGUUUUUAAAUCAGAGCGAACUAAUGAUACUUUUGUUUUAAUAAUUGAAUAAUUUACACACAUAUAUGUGUUCUAAUAUAAAUUCUUAGUCUUCUUUCCACCUCUGAUUAACAUGUGCUGUAUUUCCACUUCAACAUUCCCAGUGUCAUGGCUGUAUGUAUGUAUUAAGAUCAACGAGUGCAUAAAAAAAUCGGUGCAUGUUUCCUACUGGCGCCUGUUUUAUGUGGUGUAUGGUGUGAGACCAGUACAACAGGCAAACAGAAACUCUUGGGUGAACAUUUAAAGCACUAUGUGUAACGUUUGAUACCGACCGUUGCUAUCAGAGCUGUGUGUCCAAAGGUUUGGAUACGGGCUGAAUUAAUUUUGUCUUCAUUGAAAACAGUCACCCAUCAAAA